UGAAGCUCACACACCGGAUUAUCAUCAGCAGCAGCAGCCAUCCUGCAGAACUCGACACCCAAACCAUCCAGCUCUUCUAAAUACAACAUUCUGUUAUUCUUUUCAUUUUUCAGCCCUUUUUAUUGUAUUUCUAUUUUUUGUAAUGGAUAUUGGAAUUGAAGAGAAGUUUUAAUUUUUAGUAUUUUAUUUUAAAACUUUUCUUGUUUGAUUUUUCAAUUUUGUUAUCCCGAGAAAACUGAUGGGGUUCCUCCUGAGUACUGUGGGGUGGAUCUGUGUGAUCAUCGCCACCUCCACCAGUGACUGGGUGAUCCGCUGUAAAUACGGCAUGAACACGUGCAGGAAGAUGGAUGAGCUGGAGACCAAAGGCUUGUGGGAGCAGUGUGUGAUCUCCACCGCACUUUACCACUGCUUCUCCCUCAACCAGAUCCUCGAGCUGCCCGUGUACAUCCAGACAUGUCGUGCGUUAAUGAUCUCAGCGUGUAUCCUCGGUUUACCCGCCGCAGCACUCCUGCUCUCCUCCAUGCCAUGCUUCCAUCUUGGAGAUGAUUCAGUGAAUGACAAGAACAAACGUUCAGCCAUCGGAGGGAUCCUGGUGCUCGUAGUGGCCAUGUUCAGUCUGGCGUCCACCAUAUGGUUCCCGGUUGGAGCUCAUCAGGAACUCGGGCUGAUGUCAUUCGGGUUUUCUCUGUACUCUGGCUGGGUGGGCGGGGCUUUGUCCCUCCUGGGGGGCUGUAUCCUCACCUGCUGCUCCAUUAACUCCACCCCCUCAUACCAGGAAAAUAACCACCACUCCUACUACUCCAAACAGAACACACCCACCAACCAGACUCCACCCACUGGCAACCACGCCAAGACUGCACAUGUCUGAUGUUUCUACAGUGCAUCUCUCUCUCUCUCUCUGCCUCUAAAUACAUAUGAUUUGUAAAUAGAUUUUUUUAAUGUGUGCAGUUUUUGAUUAUUUUAAGCUAAUUACUGUAUCUCCAACAUCCAGUUUUCUUAAACACAGACUUCUAUAAAAGAGAGAGAAUUUCUAAAGUCAUUUUUGUUCUUAAUUUGUUUUUAUACUUUAAUAUAUUUUUAAAUGUUUGCAUGUAUGGUUAUUAAUUUUAACAUGUUAAAACCUUUUCUUUACA